GAGCCCACUUUACCAGCCGGCCCGGAGAGGCCCGGCCCCGGGCCAGGCCCGCCCAGCCUGCGGCCCAUGGUGCUGCCCCCCUGCCCCAUGGCGGAGUUCGCGCUGCCGCGGCAUAGCGCGGUCAUGGAGCGCCUCCGCCGGCGCAUCGAGCUUUGCAGGCGCCACCACAGCACCUGCGAGGCCCGCUACGAGGCCGUGUCGCCGGAGCGCCUGGAACUCGAGCGCCAGCACACCUUCGCCCUACAUCAGCGCUGCAUCCAGGCCAAGGCCAAGCGCGCCGGCAAGCACCGGCAGCCGCCGGCCACGGCCCCGGUCCCGGCACCUACCCCGGCCCAGCGCCUGGACGCCGCCGACGGCCCCGAGCACGGCCGUCCGGUAGCGCACCUCCAUGAUACGGUGAAAAGGAAUCUUGACAGCGCUACCUCCCCUCAGAAUGGCGAUCAGCAGAAUGGCUAUGGAGACCUCUUUCCUGGACAUAAGAAGACCCGCCGGGAAGCCCCUCUGGGAGUGACUGUCUCUGCCAAUGGUCUGCCUCCAGCUUCCCCUCGGGGACAGCCCGACAAGCCUCCUGGUGGAGAGGCCCUCCAAUCCAGUGGAAAGCACUCGCAGACCCUUGACUCUGUCAACAAAAAGUGUCUGGCUGACUCAAAUCUCCACUUGAAUGGAGGCAGUAACCCCAGUGAGUCCUUCCCUAUGAGUUUGAACAAAGAGCUGAAACAGGAGCCUGUUGAUGACCUUCCUUGCAUGAUUGCUGGGGCUGGGGGCUCCAUAUCUCAAAACAACCUCAUGCCUGACCUGAAUCUGAAUGAACAGGAGUGGAAGGAGCUCAUCGAGGAGCUGAACCGGUCAGUACCUGAUGAAGACAUGAAGGAUCUCUUCACUGAGGACUUUGAAGAGAAAAAGGACCCUGAGUCUUCAGGUUCUAAUACACAGACCCCCUUGACACAGGACAUUAAUAUUAAGACAGAAUUCUCCCCAGCAGCCUUUGAGCAAGAACAGUUAGGCUCUCCACAAGUAAGAGCUGGGUCUGCAGGACAGACCUUCAUGGGGCCUUCAUCCGUUCCUGUGAGCACAGCUUCUCCUAGCCUCGGGUCCUCUCAGACCAUGUUCCACACUUCUGGUCAGACCGGGACAGAAAAUCCUAGUGCAAACCUGAUGCCGGCAUCAGCCCAGACCCAGAAUACACAAAGAGCCCUGUCCAAUGUGGUACUGCCCAGUCAGGGCACAGGAGGGAACACAGAGCUGUCCUCUGCCCAUCAGCUCCAGCAGAUUGCUGCCAAGCAGAAACGUGAGCAAAUGCUCCAGAACCCACAGCAGGCCACCUCAGCCACAGCCCCAGGCCAGAUGUCCACAUGGCAGCAGACAGGGCCCUCUCAUAGUCCCUUAGAUGUUCCGUAUUCCAUGGAGAAGCCAGCCAGCCCUCCCAGCUACCAGCAAGACUUCAGUAACUCCAAACUACUCAUGAUGCCCAGUGUGAACAAGGGUUCCCCUCGGCCUGGAGGCCCCUACCUUCAGCCCAGCCAUGUGAACCUGCUGAGUCACCAGCCACCAAGUAACUUGAAUCAGAACUCCAUGAAUAAUCAAGGGCCCAUGCUGGACUAUGGCAAUACAAAACCCCUCUCUCAUUUCAAAGUGGAUUGUGGGCAAGGAAGCCCUGGACCUGCCCAGAACAAGUCAGCUAUGCUGACUUAUCUACCACAGCAGCUGCCUCACAUAAACAGCGAGCAGAACCCCUUGUUUCUUAUGAAACCAAAGCCAGGAAAUAUGCCCUUCAGGUCCUUGGUUGCACCAAGCCAGGAGCAGAACCCUGCUAAUGUUCCUCAUGCAUCCACAUCUGUGCCAACCCAGGCCACGAGUGUGGGGACCCAGCCGCCUUCCGUGUCCAUAAGCAGCACUCACAACAACACUCCCUAUCUCAGUAGCCAGCAACAGGCAGCAGUCAUGAAGCAGCAUCAGUUGCUUUUGGACCAACAGAAACAGAGGGAGCAGCAACAAAAGCACUUACAGCAACAGCAGUUCUUGCAAAGACAACAGCACCUUCUGGCAGAACAGGAGAAGCAGCAGUUUCAGCGCCAUCUAACCCGCCCACCACCCCAGUACCAAGAUCCAACACAAAACACCUAUCCACAGCAGGUUGGACAGUUCACAGGGUCCUCUGCUGCUGUGCCUGGCAUAAAUAACUUGGGUACCUCCAACUCCAACUGUCCUCGAGCAUUUUCUCAGACUGGGAAUCUCAUGCCAAUGGGCCCUGGACACAGUUCGGUUUCCUCUUUGCCUUCCAGCUCAGGCCAACCAGAUCGGGGUAUGGCUCAGUUCACGGGAUCCCAGAGUAGCCUCUAUGGCAUGACCUCGGGCAUAACCCAGUUAGGUGGCCAGCCCCCGCAACAGGCCACCAAUGGACAUGCCCACAUUCCAAGACAGGCCAGUGUGGGCCAGAACACCUCAAUCUCAGCUGCCUAUGGGCAGAACUCUCUGGGGAACUCUAGCCUCUCCCAGCAGCACAGUAAGGGGACCCUGAACUCUGCUUUAACUAAAGCACAGGUCCCAAGGGUUUCAGCAGCCAUGGGAGGUCAAAAUCCUUCAUGGCAGCAUCAGGGAAUGCCAAACCUGAGUGGCCAGACCCAAGGGAGUCCCAGCGUAAGCCCUUUCACUGCGGCCUCCAGUUUCCACAUGCAACAGGCCCACCUAAAAAUGUCCAGCCCACAGUUCUCCCAGACGAUGUCCAGCAGGCCCAUGGCCCCCAUGAGCUCAGCACCUGCAGCAGGGUCCUUGCUGCCCUCUGUGAACACGCAGCAGAGGACCAGUGCGCCUGCACCACCAACUCCACAGGGACCCCUACCACAAGUCCUGACAGGGCUGAGCCCGGCCAUGCCUGAGCUGGGGGCCUUCAGUCAGAGUCCAGCCCCACAGAUGGGGGGCCGAGGGGGACUGCACUGUGCCCAGGGCUACCAGGUGCGGACUUCAGGCCAGGAUCUACCCUUCACCUACAGUGGACAGCCAGGCAGCAGUGGGCUGCCCAGCAUGACUGGGGAUACUGACCUUAUCGACUCACUGCUGAAAAACAGGACUUCAGAAGAAUGGAUUAAUGAUUUGGAUGACCUCCUAGGAUCCCAGUAA